UUAAGAAGGCCGCCUUUGCUCUCGGUAUCAUUCUUACUAGUGCUUUGUAAUUUGAGUGUAGUGAGUGUCUUAUCAAAAAUAAAAAUGUCUCCGAUAGAUGGUGUCGACAACGAGAUUAAAGCGUCCGCUCUGGAACUCAUUGGGAAUACGCCGAUUGUUGCCCUUGACCGACUUUAUACGGGGCCUGGUCGAGUUCUAGUCAAAUGUGAAUUCAUGAAUCCUGGUGCUUCUAUUAAAUGCCGUUCUUCUCUGCAAAUGAUACAAAGAGCUCGCCAGUCAGGCGAAUUGAAACCGGGGCAUCCUGUCGUAGAAGUUACUUCAGGAAAUCAAGGAUGCGGUCUUGCUGUGGUCUGCGCGGUGCUAGGUCAUCCGUUAACAUUGACGAUGUCGAAAGGUAACAGUGCCCAACGUGCUAUACAUAUGGAAGCAUUGGGAGCUAAAUGUGUCAGAGUGCCACAAGUGGAAGGAACUUAUGGCAAUGUCACACUCGCUGAUGUCCAGGCUGUUGAACAAGUAGGUCUGAAGAUUGUGGAAGAUACUGGAGCAUAUUAUGUGAACCAGUUUAAUAAUGAUGCAAACGCGCAAGCCCACUAUGAUACAACUGGACCAGAAAUAUGGAGACAGACUGGUCAUCACGUAGAUGUUUUUAUUGCGACAGUGGGUACAGCAGGAACGUUCACCGGUACGUCGAAGUAUUUAAAAGAGAAAAAUCCAGGCUUGUUGUCAUAUGUUGUUGAGCCGACUGGCUCAGAGCCCAUAAAAGGUGAGCCUAUCACAAAACCCCUACAUUUGCUUCAAGGCUCCGGAUAUGGUUGUGUGCCGAAUUUGUUCAAAUUUGAUUACAUGGAUGAUACAGUGAGUAUUAGUGAUGACGAAGCAGUCAAGUAUAUGAAACUUAUUGGUGAAAAGGAAGGUUUAUACGUUGGUUAUACGAGUGGUGCCAAUGUUGCUGCUGCUGUAAAGCUUUUGGAAUCAGGAAAGAUACCUAAAGACUCCUGGGUAGUGACUUUACUCAACGACACGGGCUUGAAAUAUACUCCAGUACCAAACGAAUUGACAUAAAGGAUAAUAAUAAUAAUUAUAUAUAUAUAUAUAUAGUAAAUUAAAUAAGUAAUCAUAAUUAUAAAGUACUGUUUAAGAAAUAACGAUAAAGUUAUCUUAGAGUAUUUUAAAACCUUUAAGGUCAGGUAUUAUCUUGUCAAUAUAAUGAAAGAUACGACAGUUGUUUGUUUAUAAAAUAUUUCAAAUAUCUAAGACUAUUACAAUCUUCUUUUAAAUAUCUACUACAAUUAAUAUUAAUAAUU